UUAAUUGACGGCGUGUUUGGAAACAAGGGUCUGGACCCCGUUUCGUAUUCCUAGGUGUACUUAUUCGACCCUGAGCUGCUGAGCUGCUCUCCUUCUGUGCAUCAUCCUCCAACUCUUUAACUUGUCUACCCGGGGGCGUAAAAUAGGCUAUAUAUUUCCGUUUGUUCCUACAUAUUUCAUUCAGUGUCACUUACCGGUUCGACUGCCUUGUGUGAUUUUCCACGUUCCUCCUCGUCUGUCAGCGACAGACCCUACCCUACCCUACAACCAUACCACCCCAACCGAGAGAGCCGCACACACAGCAUCCUCAGCAUGCAGCUCCGCAAUCUCCUCUCGCUCUCCCUCCUCGGCCUCGCCGCCGCCCAGUCCCAGUCGACCGGGACGCCUGCAUCGUCACCGACGAUCUCCUCCUCGGCGCCGACGACCACCGCCACCGGCGUCGCCGGCCUCGUCGCCCAGCUCCCGCACUGCGCGCUGCGGUGCUUCUCGCUGGCGGCGUCGGACAUCGGCUGCGACGCCGCCAACCUCUCGUGCCUGUGCGCGAGCUCCUCGGAGCUGGUCUCCAAGAUCGCGCCAUGCCUCCUGCUGGGCGCCUGUUCGAGCUCCGACCUGAACAAGGCCCAGUCCGUAGCGCCAGAGAUCUGCAGCGCCGUCAAGGACAACCCGAACCCGUCCGACGUGGCCUCUGCGUCCAACCUCGUCACCUCCGCGCUGGCCACGGUGACGACCAGCCAGACAGCCACCGGGAACGUCGCCGCGAGGACCGACGUCGCCAUGGGCGCCAUGGGGGCCGCUGCCGCGUUUGCCGUGUUUGCGCUGUGAAGCAAGCCGUGGGACGUGAAUAAUACGGAGGGGUUUACUAUCUUACUUUGUUUUGACUUUGGGAUCUGGGCAUUCGGGUCGGCGUUAAGGGAAGAUACGGAAUGGCAUAGGCAGUGGGUUGGCACAAUAGAUGGCAUGGAUCUUGCAUAUCAAGGGUUGAACCCGGGUUAAAUGGUGGUUGGCCGGGAGCUUGUGUUAGGAUCGUCUUAUAUAGGUUGAUGUUUUUGUCACAAGAACGAAGAAAGGGGAGGAGUUUGCCCCUGACUUAUCAGAUAAGCCCGACUGGCAUAUGCAGACAUACUGAGGUGGAAUAUCACGCCCCCAAGGAGCACUCGUUAAACUCGUAUCUAUUAUGCCAGAGUAUCAAACCAAACUUGAC